AUCCCUCGAGGAAUGCUCGGAACUAGGCGAUUUACCCAAAAAAAUGAAAAGGCUCAUUAGCCUUCGAUAUCUAUACAUAACAACAAAGCAAAAGAGUUUACAAGAAACUGGAAUACAAUACCUGGAAAAUCUGCAAAGUUUGGGAAUUGUUGGAUGCGAAAAUGUUCAAAUUCUGUUUGAAGGCACCUGCCGACUGACUCACCUUCGAAAAUUUGAAAUUAGAAAUUGUGGGAGACCAAUCUCUGUGCCUUUUGGGGAAUUAAUCACCCUAGAGUCCUUGGUGAUCGAUCGCUGCCAGCUCACGUUAGCCCAGGAGAAUAGGUCUUACUUUUCGUUGAAUCUUCGUACUCUAGUAAUAUCAGAGUGCGACCAAGUGAUGGAGUUGCUCCAAUGUCUUGAAGGAUCGGCUUGCACUUUGGAGUCCUUUUGUGUCUAUGAUUGCCCGAGCUUGACUGCUGUACCCGAAUGGCUGCCCAAUCAUACACGUCUCGGAUUAAUUCGCUUGAUCCGAUGUCGCAACUUAUUGUCUAUGCCGCAAAGAAUUCGUUCACUCACUGCCCUCAAAGAAUUGCGCAUUGUAAAGUGUGGUGAACUGAGCAUAAGAUGCGAGGCUCAAACCGGCGAGAAUUGGCACAAAUCGCUCAUGUUGCACGAAUCCAACCUGAUUUCAUACAUGUACUAUAGACGGAGGAUCAGAGGACUAGAUGAAUUCCUAUGAUCUAUGUGGCACGCUAUGUGGAUCUCUUCGAAGAUUUGAUGUGCACCCAGUUAAUCCUUCGUGAAUCUCUUUCAUAUUUAGGUAUGAAAGCAAUGGC